AUGGGCAGCAGAGAUAUCAUCGACAAGAAGUUCAUAGACGGCUUUAAUGAAGCUCUCGACCUGUUCAAUGCCGACCGACUAGUGGAAUGCGAAUCUGCUCUUUUUGCGUUACUCAACGAGGAAACAAUGCCAAGGUACCACCGAAUGAAGGUGCUUAUCCUCCUAGGUACAAUCGUUGGUGAUUGGGAGGAAGCGAGCCGAUACCAUGUUGCUGCGGAUGCUAUGUGGCACAUUGCGCGAAGCCUUCAACCAGAGGGUGCUGAUGAGGAAGCUGAGAAGCACUUUGCAGAGCUACGUGAGUCACUUGACGAACUAGAUGCUGUGCUUAAAGACGAUGCGCCAUCUGAGUAUAGGGAUGAUACGGCAUAUGAGGACGACUCUGUCAGCACCGUGGAAGAUGAUGAGGAGGAGCACGAUGCCGGUGUCGAAGAUAUACAUGCAGAAAUGAAUGAUCUCAAGCUCGACAAUACCCCAGCGCUCCCCUCGGUCAACUCUCAAGCUCCUAUGAAUGAGCUGCAUUCGUCAGCUAAGGAUGCGCAAGAAUCUGAAGCAUCUCACGCUUAGAAUGGAGGAUGUUCGCGACCCAACCCCGACAAGCCCGUUCUGAUUCACUAGCCCAGAUGUCAUCCAACUGUGAGCUUAUACACGGAGAUCUGGUAUGUCAACACCGCUGAUCAUCGGAAAAGCACGCAAUACGAAUGCACGUCGAUCACCAGCCUUCACGGAUACCGACUACGAGUCCAACGACUUGACUGAUUACGCAAACUGAUGUCUU